GAUUGCCUUAUUCAAUGAAGCAGGCUGGCUUUCCCCUGGGAAUAUUGCUUUUAUUCUGGGUUUCACUUGUGACAGACUUUUCUCUUGUUUUAUUGAUAAAAGGAGGGACCCUCUCUGGAACAGAUACUUACCAAUCUUUGGUCAAUAAAACGUUUGGCUUUCCGGGAUAUCUUCUCCUCUCUGUUCUACAAUUCCUGUAUCCUUUUAUAGCCAUGAUAAGUUACAACAUAAUAACUGGAGACACUUUGAGUAAAGUUUUUCAAAGAAUCCCAGGAGUUGACCCUGGGAACGUGUUUAUUGGUCGCCACUUCAUCAUUGUGCUUUCCAUGGUUGCCUUUAAUCUGCCUUUGUCAUUGUACCGCGAUAUAGCAAAGCUGGGAAAGAUAUCAUUUAUUUCCACCAUUUUAACAACUCUGAUUCUCGGAAUUGUAAUGGCAAGGGCAGCUUCCUUGGGUCCACACAUACCGAAAACAGAAGAUGCCUGGGUAUUUGCAAAGUCGAAUGCUAUUCAGGCUGUUGGUGUUAUGUCCUUUGCAUUUAUUUGCCACCAUAAUUGCUUCUUAGUUUACGGCUCUUUGGAAGAACCCACCGUAGCUAAGUGGUCUCGUAUCAUCCAUGUGUCCGUCUUGGUUUCUGUAGUGAUCAGUGUGCUUUUUGCUACCAGUGGAUAUUUGACCUUCACGGGCUUCACACAAGGAGACUUGUUUGAAAACUAUUGCAGAAAUGAUGACCUGGUAACAUUUGGAAGGUUCUGCUAUGGAAUCACUGUCAUUUUGACCUACCCCAUUGAAUGCUUUGUAACGAGAGAGGUAAUUGCCAAUGUGUUUUUUGGCGGGAGCCUUUCAACCACUUUCCACGUUAUCAUAACAGUGGUUAUCACUAUUGUGGCCACACUUGUGUCUUUGCUGAUUGACUGCCUUGGAAUCGUUUUAGAGCUCAAUGGUGUGCUCUGUGCAGCUCCUCUGAUUUUUAUCAUCCCAUCAGCAUGUUAUCUAAAGCUGUCGGAAGAGCCAAGGACACACGCAGAUAAGAUUAUGUCCUGUGUCAUGCUUCUUAUGGGCCUCGUGGUGAUGGCUGUUGGAUUCGUCAUGGCUAUUGCACAUCCUCAAGACUGCACCCACGGACAGGAAAUGUUCUACUGCUUUCCUGAAAACGUCUCCUUCACAAAUAUCUCAGUUUCUCACUUUCAACUGACAACACAACUUUCCAUUUUAAACGUCAGUACCUUUCACUGA